AUGGCUCAGAUGCCUCAGCAGAAGACAUUCUCGCUCGAGACAUACUUUGACGAGCUAGAGGAGACCAACGGCGAUGACGAAUGCAGGGCCUGGUUAAGUAGAGCUUUUGACUCAAAGGAUGAAUUGGCCAUUUUUGUCGCCAAACACCGAGAAGGAGAGAAACCCGGAAAAUAUGUUGAUUUUCUUAAGGGUUCCUUCAACUUCAGCUUUCGUUUCAGCUUCGUCGAUGGACGGCCAGAUGUCAUUAUUCGGUUUCCGAAGCCCGGACACACGGCUACCCUUUAUAGGGACGAAAAAGUCGCGAAUGAAGUCCAGGUCAUGGAAUACCUCCGCCAAAACACUGAUAUCCCUAUUCCUCGUGUUCACAGCUGGGGCUUGACUGCUGAGAGUCCACAACACCUUGGACCAUUCAUUAUUAUGGAUUACGUAAACGGUACACUUUUAUCAACUGUCUUAAAACAACCCGACCAAGAAAAUAUGGUUAUGAACCCGAAUAUCGACAACACUAUGUUGGACAAGAUUUAUUAUCAGAUUGGCUAUUUUAUAUUCCAGCUUUCUCAGCUUUCGUUUGCUAAGAUCGGGGCUAUCUCGAAGGAUCCUACUUUAAAUAUGUGGCACGUUACUAGAAGACCACUGACAUAUAAUAUGAACGAGUUGGCCACUGUUGCUGGCUACCCCGAGGAUCAAUUUCCAACUGUACCGUUUGACCGUGCAACCGAUUAUCUGAGAUCGGUCGCGAACGAGCACUUGAUCCACCUUUGGACCCAACGCAACCUUGCUGACAAUCCAAAAAUCGCUGAAAAGCGGUUUAUUGCCCGCCAUCGGUUCGCACAGCUAGUUUCAAAGUAUUAUCCUGAUGAGUGUGGGCUAUUUAUACCCUUCUGUGAUGACAUGCGACCAUCAAAUAUGCUUAUAGAUCCGGAAACACUCCGGAUCACUGCUAUUCUCGACUUCGAGUUUACGAAUGCCAUGCCUGCCGAGUUCACGUAUGACCCACCCUGGUGGCUGUUGCUCUCUGGACCUGAAAUGUGGCUUGAGCGCGGCGGAAUGGAAGAGUUCUUGACUCUCUAUGAGCCCAGAAUGGAACAAUUUUUGCGAGCUUUAGAGCGAGUGGAACUUGAAGUCAUGUCAGGUGGCAAAAAACCCGCUGGACUGUCUCUCUCUAGCCGGAUGCGCGAUUCAUGGAAGAGUGGGCGAUUUUGGUUCGACUAUGCGGCAAGGAAGAGUUUUGAUAUCGACACCAUCUACUGGGCUGCAUUAAAUCACAACGGUGCAGAUUCUGAGUUGCUUGAUGAUAAGUCGCGUGCAGAGAUGGAAUCAUUUACGCAGACUAAGAUGGAGCAGUUGAAGGCAUAUAAAGAGGAGUGUACUGCUCGUUUUUCUUCGAAGGCAUAG